AUGAGGUCCCUUCCAACCCAACCCAUUCCAUAAUUCUAUGAUUCUAUUAUAUCAUUUUAUAUAUUUUUAUAUAUAUAUAUGUGUGUGUGUGUGUGUAUUUUGCAGAGAGGACAAACUCCUUUAAGGCCACAGGUCCAGGAAAAAGGAGCUUUAGGAGCUGGAUUUGGGCAAUUUUUACUUUGUGCAAACCUUGUUUUGUUUUGGUUUUUUUUAAGCAGCAAAGUUUGCCUGAAGUUCAGUUUUAAUGUGUUGUUUAAUGAAGGGGGGUUUGUGUUGGGUGUCACCUCUUUGUGGUUUCUCAUCAAUUAUCUUGGCUUUAAUCGGUUCCCAACUGUUCCAGGGUUUUGUGGCUCCCUAUAAAUCCCACAUCGAUAUUUUCUGAACGUUGCCCUUUUCCCCUUGUGCUGACCCUGCCCUUUCACCCGCCAGAUGUUCAGUCCCAACUGCUCACUUGGGGCAUUUAUCCCUCUUUCUCUUUCCCCCUUUUUUCACCCCAUCCCUCCCCAGGUGCCCCCCAGCCUCUCCUGCCCCUGCAGCACCAGGAAAGCGGGAAGAGCCCCAACAUCCCGAGGCAGCCGAGCGGGAAAGGCGCGGGGGGCUGGCUUUGCUAGGGAUGCUGCCGGGAACGCAGGCAGGGACGCAGGGAGGGAUGCGGGGCCUCCCUGGGGUUCCACCGUGUCCCACCACACCCCCCCUCCCUCCUGGGGGCCCUUCUGUCCCCGGGGGAUGCGGGAGGGCCGGGAUAACCCCAAUUUGGCAGCUCGGCCGCCGGGUACCGGGGCUGUGCUACCAUCCCGGGCGCUCCCGUUCCGCGGAGCCAAAUCCCCCGGGAGCAGCGGGGGGAGGACGCUCCCAUUAUCCGGCUCCUGCCGUGGCGGAGGCAGCUGGACCAGCCGUGCAUUAAUAGAUUACACAGAGGAUUUGGGCUCGCCACCAUCCAGGGAAGCGCUCGCGGGAGGGACACGGGCAAGGCCAGGGCGGCUUCCCGAGCGCCGGACGCGGCCCCGCUGCCAUCCCGCUGACUCCUUCCCCCGCACAGCCCCACAGGGCCCCUGGACCCCGCCAUGGACGAGUGGGACCUCCCGCAGUGGAAGAAGGAGGUGGAAAGCCUCAAGUACCAGCUGGCCUACAAGAGGGAGAUGUCCUCCAAGACCAUACCUGAGUUUGUGAAGUGGAUCGAGGACGGCAUUCCCGAGGAUCCCUUCCUGAACCCGGAGCUGAUGAAAAACAACCCCUGGGUGGAGAAAGGCAAAUGCACCAUCCUGUGAGGGGCCCCCCCUGCGCUCCCCCUGCUGAAUGUACUUUUUUAUUAGUUAGUUCCAACAUGAGAACCUGAACAAAACCCUGCCCUCACCUGUCUCCUUCUUUGUAGUGCUAGAAGUGGUUUUAUAUUUGGGGGGACACGGGAGGGGCAGAGCUGGGGGAGCAGGAGCAGCAAAGGUUUUUCCAGGGUUUUUCUGCAGCUUCAUUCAGACCUCACCCCCCUCUGCCAUCAAAACAGGAACAUUUUGCAACUUGUAAAGAAAAUUUUUAUAAAAGACCCCCUCAUUUUCAGUGAUUUUAAAUACUUUUGUAUACUGUAGGAUAUCUCAUUUUGCAGCAAAACAGGCACAAUAUGACAACUAAGGGUUUAUCAAUAAACAGAACAAUACUUCGUUAUUAA